AUGGCUUCAUCAAUGGAAGUAGAAUGCUACCUCCUCUCAUCCAACCCAGACGCCCCAAAUAGCCCCCUCCCCGUAAUCCACUACAGAAACGUCCUCCCGGAACCCCGGAAUGAGGAGUCGGUGACGGAGUUCCUGACCCGGAACCGGUGGGAGAAGAGGGGUACCUGGGGCCACAUCCCCAUCCGCCACUUCCACCCUAACAGCCACGAGUGCUACGGCAUCUUCAGCGGCUACUCAACCCUCCUAAUCGGCAAAAUCAACGAAGGCACAGGCCAAGAAAUCUGCGUAUCGACGGGCGACGUCAUUGUUCUCCCCGCGGGCACGGCACAUUCUUGUCUCGAGAGCUCGGAAGAUUAUCGAUAUAUCGGUGUCUACCCCGAGGGUUGUCCAAGAUGGGUGAAUGAGAUGGGCAAAAAGCCAGCCGGUACUUUCAGCCCCGUCAUCAGAGAUGUAGGCAUGCCGGAACGGGAUCCAGUAUACGGAGUAGAUGGGCCGUUGAUGAGACUCUGGCAUCGGAAUGUGCUAGCAAAGUUGUAA